AAACCAGGAGUUAUAGGCUCAUUAAUUGACAUGUAAAUACAAGUCAUUUCGUGGAGUGAACUUCGGUAUUUCUUUAAGGUUCUCUGACAAUUGCCUACGUUAGCGUACGCCGUGGAAAACACAAAAAAACGACGCUAAACUGAGAUGACUUGAAAAUACUGUCCAAAAUGCCUGCAAUUGGAAAUUCGAAGAAGGAAUUGAUCGUGUUUAUAUUUCUCGUGUAUUUUGUGUCUAUAGUAGAAGCGCAAAGUUUAAGUUGUGAAGCUCAAAUUCUCGUAGCUGUUUUUGCUUUAUUGGCUUCACUUAUCUUAAUAGUGGCUAUAUCUUUUGUAAUAUGGUAUUUUUGCUGCAGAAAAAAAGGUAAACAAGGGUCCGAUAAUGACAGAGAUGGGAAGAUUGGCGUACUUGGGACCGAUGGAGCAGUUCACUGCCCAUAUUGUGAAAGAAAAUUUGCCAUCAGGACAGCAGGUAAUGAUGUAGAUAUCGGUAUCACGAACCCGACCUUUGGUCCUGGAAGCAAAGAGGUUGCAGUUGAUGUACCCGAUGUGGAUGGAAGAGGAGGAAUGAACAGACCACAACAGAAAAUACCUUAUAUUGUUGGGCCCAAGAUGGACACAGAGAUCAAUCGCGGUCAAGAUGGCUCACUUGGGCUGAUGAUCGCACAUGAAAAAACGUUCCCGACUCCUUCGAUGUUUGUCCGGGAAGUAGUUCCUAAUGGACCAGCAUCCAAAGUGGGGGUAUUUGAAUAUGGUGAUGAGAUAGUUGGAAUCAACGGCAAGAGUCUUGAAGGAAUGUCGCAUAAAGAAUCUAAAAGUCUUCUACACCCUGUACCGGGUGACACUAAACCUCUAAAACUAACCAUAGUCAAGAACUCACUCCAGAAGAAAGCUGAAAUGCGCGCAAAUAUGCCCAGUGUAGACGUGAACAGACCCGGUACAUCAAGUGAUACCGUUGUUGAAAUUCCCGAAGGAAAUGUAUCCGCUAGUGGCCCAAAAGUACGGGGCAAGUCAGGGUUAAACUGUUGUGGCAAGCCAAAAACCAAAGGAGAAUCUGAUUACGGUUAUGAAUUGGAACCCGUUGGUCACACUCGUAAACUAAAUAUCUCUGGAAAAUCUGGUGGAAAUGUAGGGGUACAAGGACCAAAGUCGCAUGUCAUCAACAUGGAGGGAGGGAUGGGUAAUGAUGGAUUUGACGGCCCAGUUGCAUGUGUUGGUGGAGUCUCCGGUCCCGAUGGACAAAUUCCUUAUAUAGUAGGGCCUGUUGUAGAUACAUCUAUACGUAAAGGUAACAACGGCUCCCUAGACGUUCUCAUUGCAAAGGAACCAGAGUUUCCCAGCCCUGCGAUGUUCGUAAGAAAAGUCUACAACCCAACAUCAAGCAAAGUCAGUAUUGAACCAGGUGACGAGAUUGUUGGAAUCAACGGGGUACCUAUCAAGGGAAAGUCUUAUGAGGACUCGAUGAACAUACUUCGAAAUGCUCCUGGCAAGAAAAUACAAGUUGGAGUGGUGAAAAAUUCGCACAAUAUUAAAGCAAAUAUGAAAUACAAUAGAGAUGGCUCCGGGCCUCCACACCUAGCUGUAUCUCAACCGAAGGCCAAGUCAGGGGCAAGCUGCUGUGGUUCACCUAAAACUCAAGGAGAAAUGAACUACGCAUACGAAGCUGAAGGCAAAGAACCAAAAGGAAAAAUAUCCGGCCGAGGAAAUGUCGAUGGAAGAGGAAUGGAUUACUCAGGACCAAAUGCUGCCCAGAAGAAGAAGGGAGGAAAGCUGAAUUGUUGUUCGUCGCCAAAGACAACAGAUGACUUGGACGUAGAUUACGGUGUUCCUUCAGCUGGGGGGUCUGUGAGACCACCUUCUAUAAACGCUGACACAGAAACCUCCGACAUUCAAGUACAUGGCCCAAAAGGAAAAUUCUCUGGACCAAAAGGUCCUUCAUUUGGUGCGGAUAUUGAUGGUGAUGCCGAGCUUAGCGGACCAAAGUUUAAAGGCCCAGAAAAAGACAUUGCAUUACGGAGCGGCUUCCAUGGUCCAUCAUUUAAUGGUGACAUCGAUGGCCCUGAUGUGAACGUUAAAGGGCCUGGAUUUAAGGGGCCUAAAGGAAAACUGUCCGGUGGUUUUGAUGGUCCCAAUGCUAACAUUGAUAACCCUGACGUGAACGUGAAAGGGCCUGGCUUUAAAGUUCCCAAAGGAAAACUAAGUGGUUCAAAUAUUGCUGGGCCAUCAUUUAACGGAGACAUCGAUGGCCCUGACGUGAACAUAAAGGGACCUGGAUUUAAGGGACCGAAAGGACCUAAAGGAAAACUCUCUGGUGGACUUAGUGGUCCUAAUUUCGAUGGAGGUAUCGAUGGUCCUGAUGUUAACAUUAAAGGACCCAAAGGACCUAAUAUUGAUGCAGAUAUCAACAGCCCUGACAUUAAUGGACCUUCCAUAAAUGGCGCCCAAAAGCCAAAACUGAAAGGUCCUAAGCUAAAGUGCUGUGGAUCAAGUAAAGAAAUGGACGAUUCUGAUGACGAGUACAAGCUCCCUUCAGGGUCAGCAGGACUAAAUAGCCCAGAAGGAAAAGUGGAAGUACCAUCAAUUGAAGAAGACCUUGAUGCUCCAGACGUUAAAUUUAAAGGGCCCGGUUUCAAGGGACCGAAAGGAAAAGUCUCAGCCAAAGCGGACUUCGAUGGACCUGAUGUUAAAUACCCAAAAGGAAAGGUAUCUGGUAAAGGUCCAGAUGUUGACGUGGAUAUUGACAGACCAUCAGUCAAACGUUCAAAAAAUAAAGUCAAAAAGCCUAAGCUCAAUUGGUGUGGAUCAAAAACAGGGGCAAAUGACUCAGAUUUGGAAUACGAGCUACCGUCGGGAUCAGCGGGGAUGACUUUCGAUGGACCAAAAAUCGAUAGAAGUGGGCCAUCCGUAGAUGUUGAUAUCGAUAAACCAGACAUGAGUAUCCAAGGACCAGGUUUUAAAGACCCAAAAGGAUCAAAUGUCAGAGGCCCUGACAUAGAUAUGAGUGGCCCCAAAGGUCCCUCUCUUGGAUUUAAGAAACCCGGAUUCGAGGGACCAGAAUUUGAAAAACCAAAUCUAUCAGGAGACAUUAAAGGCCCUAAGUUUAAAGGUACCAAACCGAGGUUCGAUGGAGAAAUCGAUAGACCUGACCUAAACGUCAAAGGACCCCAUAUCGAGGGACCAGAUAUGGAAGGUCCAGAGCUUGAUGCUGACAUCGAGGGACCCGAUGGAAAAGCUAAGAAACUUGGUUGGAAAUUUAAGAAACCUGACAUCCAUUUGCCAGACUGGAAAAUGAAGAAACCAGGAUUCAAGGGACCUGAUUUUGAUGGUCCGUCUGUUGAAGGGGAUAUUGAUGGACCUGAUAUGAAUGUGAAGAAACCUGGAUUUGAUAGACCAAGUUGGAAAUUUAAGAAACCCGAUCUCAGUCUCCCAGACUGGAAAAUGAAGAAACCUGGGUUCAAGGGACGUGAUAUUGAUGGUCCAUCUGUUGAAGGGGAUAUUGAUGGACCUGAUGUGAAUGUAAAGAAACCUGGAUUUGAUGGACUUGACUUUGAUGGACCAUCAAUGAGCGGUGACAUCGAUGGACCGGACAUGAAAGUGAAAGGACCAAAUUUCGAUGGGCCUGACUUUGACGGGCCAUAUUUCGAAGGGGAUAUAGAUGGACCGGAAGGUAAAGAUAAAGCAUAUGGCCCAAGGGGACCCAGCUGGAAAUUUAAAAAGCCUGAUCUGAGUUUACCAGAUUGGAAAUCGAAGAAACCAGGCUUCAAAGGACCAGAUCUUGAUGGACCCUCUUUCAAGGGAGAUAUUGACGGGCCAGAUGUUAACGUUGGUAAACUUGACCUCGAUAGACCAGAUGUCGAUUUAACUUUAUUCAAGGUCUCAGAUAUAGAUGGUCCGAUGUUUGGUGGUGAUGCUAGUGUGGGGACCCCUAAUGUAAAAGGGCCAUCAUUUGGUGGCAGAUUAGCGAGACCAGACGUAGAUAUCAAAACACCUGACUUCAGUACACCGAAAAGUAACAUCGAUGUUGAUUUACCAGAUUUCGAUUCAAGCGGGCCUUCAGUUGAUGGGUCUGUUGAUGUAAAAGGUCCAACCUUUGGAUUGCCAAAAGGAAGGUUUGAAAUGCCUGAUGCCGGAAACGAGAUUAUCGAGGAGAUGAAUACCGAUAUUGUAGAAGCUUCUAUUGGAGCAGAUGGCGAUGGUGGAGACUUGGUAUUGUCCGAAGACGACAAUGGCAAUUUAAUAUUUUCAAAACCAAAAGUAAAAUCUCCAUCCGCAAAUGUCGUUGUACCAGACAUUGACGUUGGUGGAAGGAGAAAGAAAUAUAAAGAAAGCAGUUCAUCCUCGUCAAGCGAAGACGAGGACAAACCUGAAUCAAAGAAAAGGGAAGCAAAACCUCGUACAAAGAAGAAAGGCAAGAGCACGUCCUCUUCCUCGUCUAGUUCUUCUGAAGACGAGACCGAAGGCAAGUCUCGAGGAGGGAGAUUUGGAAUCAAGCUCCCUGGAUGGAAGAAGAAAAGUAGGAGAUCAAGUUCGUCAUCAUCUUCAUCUGAUGACGAGGAUUCCUCUUCAAAAAAGAAGGAUCCCGUAAAACGAAAGGAUACGUCGUCGUCGUCUCCGUCUGAUUCUGACUCCGAUUCGCCAAAAUCGUACGAUCUAACCUCUGUAGUGAGGGGCAAACCCAAACCAGAAAUAGAGAGAAUAGAAAUAGCUCACACUGCUGAACUAGAAUCACAACCAGAUUUUCCCUCGUUUGAUUCAGAACCUAGCUUAGCGAGUCCCACAUCGCCGGUACUGAAGUUAGAGUCUUCACGCGCCCUUCCCAAUGUUUCUGAUGGAUCUGUAAGCGUGAAGCGUAUUCCAGACAGUGAUGGAAGUUUCUCCUUUGACAAACGGAAGGAUCCUACUUCACCCACAUAUCGAGAACCCCACUCACCCAACCGGGGUGACUCUAAGCUAUGGGACAUCGUGCAAGGUUACAUCGAUACCGAUGAUGUUAUAAACGAUGAUGGCACGCCACGGAAAGCUAACGAAGAACCUGCUAUUCCAACCUACACACCAUCCCUUGAAAGAACACCGAAAAUCAGCAGAGAAGAAAGAAAGGAAAAAACAAAAUCGCUUCCUCCAAGAGUUUCACCAAGACAUUUGUCGUCGUUUGAAAUAGAUGACAGCAUUGAUGAUCCAUGGGCAAGGCAUUAUCUGGGAGAUCGAAGAGGUACUGGGCCGAGUGUAAGCAAAUCAAGUAGUAGAUCAAACAGUAGACCAGGUAGUGGAGAUAGACAAAGUGUGAGUCCAUCAAUGGUAUUUUCAAAGGUUCCACAUGUUAAAAGCCCCUUUGGAGAACCAGAGCGAGAUCCAAUUACGGGACUACGUAUUUCUCCACGCGGGAAUCCCGAGGAUAGGCGCAGAUCGCUGAAAGAACUUGAAGGGGCACCAGCAAGGCGUUUACAUGAAGACAUGUUCCAACUGUCUAAAGAAAAACCUAAAUCUGAUGAAGUGGAAAGGCAGAGGGAAAGCAGGAAGUAUCUAUGGGACAUGGGUCCUAGUGAUCAGUCACGUGGUCUGGUGGGAUCAAAAGUAAGGUCUCGUUCGUCUCCCCCAACAACCAACAGAGGAGCAAUGGAACCUGUCAAGGUAGACAUCUCAACCGACUCCAAGUUUGAAGUACGACCCAUUACAUCGCGACGGACCUACGAAAUCUCGAAGUCACAGCCUUCGCUGAGUGUAAAAACAGAAGAAAAGACCAGCAAGACUUAUAAACAACUGAUGGAUCAACAACAGCGGGAACUGAAAAAGAGGGAAGGUUUCAUUAAGACGGAAGAACCAAAGAGAUUGACAUUAAGAGAAACAAAAGCAAAGUUUGAGAUGUCGAAUUUCUAAUGAAGAAAUCAAGAUGACUUGUAGAGUUCAAGCUGAAGACUAAAUGCUACGAAUUUGUUGGUUGUCACCCAAUUAACGACGUCAUCAGGGAGGCAAUGUUCCCUUUCUAUGUAACCAGGCCUUCAGGGGCUAACGUUUAUGAAUUCCUAAUGUGCUCAAUAUUUUAUUAAGCUUCCAUUGAACAUUUAUUAAGAAAAUAUAUAUGAUGAUAAAAAAAGUCCUAACAACAUUUACAUAAUCAAGUAUUAAUCAUAGUAAUCAGAUUUAUAUUUUCUAUAUUUUGGCUGCUUUUACCCGAAUCACAUUGCAGUGGUUCGGUGCUACAAUCUUAGACCAGCGUAUUUAACAUUUAUAGAGGCAAUAUGAAUGACUAAAUGCAUAUCAAAAUACACUUUACUAACUAUUAUAAAUAAUUUCUAUAAACACAAGCAAAGAUGAUGCUAAUGGAAGAAAAAUUUUGGAAAUGUUUUCUUCAAACAUCUGCAUUGUCUGCAAUUAUGCAACUAUAUGUGGCUGAAACUGACAUGCAAUUACGCUUACCGAUUUAAGCAUGCACUCUCUUAAUGCAAGUAAUGAUUUUUUUUGGCAGAGCACAAUUAGCAUAAAACUUUUUUUAAAUAAACUUUUGUAUUGGAAUCAUAAAUAAUAGUAAUCAUGUGACUCCGUUACGAAAAUCAAGAUCUUUGCAUUAUCAAAGAAAAUUGAAUCAACUUCGAACUUCAUAGCCUGAGAAAACAGUCAUACUUUCGCGGGGGAUGGCUAAGGCUUAAGCUACAACUGAAAUUCAUUGUUAAUAUUUAUUCCAAACCUAAGCAAGAAUCUUAUGACAAAAUGGAUUAUGUAAAAUAGAGAAUUCUGAGAUAUCUUGCAUAUUUUUUUCAUCGUCUUCUGUUUUUGUAUCGUACUCUUAGCAGUUAUUGCACUUAGUAUAUAUUUUGAAAUAAAGUUUACAUAUUUGAAAGUUAC